AUGGAUGAAUAAGAGUCUGCAAAGAUAAGUUACGAUAAUUUAAUUAAAAGGGUUCAAAGAUUAAAUGAAGAUUUCACUAUGUUGAUAGAUUCCAUAACUGAUCUUAGAGAUAAAAUGUACACCUUUUUGGACUAAAGUCACAAUAUUUAAGUUUAAAUAAAUCAAACCAACUCAAAUAAAAAAUUGUAAAGUUAAUUUGCGUCUUCUAGCUCCUAUCAUACAGAUUAUUAAUACUUGCAGAAUAAUUUUGAUGCUAAUGAUAAGUCAGAGUAUUAGCAGUUUAUUAAAGAUGUAGCAAAAGAUUUUUGGAAAUUAUAUCUUAAGUUUAGUUUUCUUGACGGAAAUAGAGUCAAUCAUGCUUUAAUAAAAGCAAGAGCUUUAGGCUAUAAUAUAGAUGAUAUUUUAGAGAAAAAAGAAAUUUUGAAGAAGUAUUUUAUAGAAUAAAGUCAAUUAGAUGAAUCUUAAAAAUAGGCUUAAAUUUAAAGCGAAGUAAACAAUAAUAAUAAAAAUAAUUAAUCAUCUCAUACAUCAUUAUAAUAAGUUUGA